AUGACCGAUAUCGAGGAUUUCUCUGACAAUAGAGUUUCUUAUCAGCGAUUGUAACCAGAAAGAUUAAAAAACACACUGCCGAGGUGGAGAUUGUGGCUACACAAAAUAGAUAUAUUUUCAGCUAUUCCUACUCCUAAAACAUAUCCUGUUAGCACUAGAACAAGUAUAAUUGGAACUUGCAUAUUUAUCUUUGUAUUUGCUACUUACGUGAUAUCGAGCUUUGUGUGUAAAUAAACAAUCAAUUUAGUUUUCGUAAUUGACAAUGUGCCAAGAUUGAAUGAGUUUUCAUAAUUGGAUGAUUCUGUCUCCUUAACUGCAGGACCUGAAAUAGCAAUGCAAUUUCUGUAUGGCAAGGAUGUCUUGAAUGAAUCCAUCACUAAUACGAGCAUAUUUAGCAUCACAAUGCAACAGGUUAUUAAAUAUUUGGAUCCGGCUAAAUAAGACAAUUCCUCAACUUAAAUACCUCUAAAGAUUUGUUACAGCAGCGAAAUUGAUUGGAUGCCUUAGAAUGCCUCCAAACAAGCCUUUCUAUGUCCCUAGGUUCAACUUAAUUUAUCGGGUCAAUUAUAUAGAUCAGAAGAAUUCAUUUAUCCAAGAAUACAGAUAGAUUACUGUCCUUAUCUGCAUCCGGAGAAGAAGUUGCAAUGCGAAACUGAAAAGUAGAUAAGAAAAGUAAAACUAACAGUUAAUUCAUAUAGGUUGUUGCGGGAGGGAGAUUGUUCCUCUACAUCAAGAAUCAAGCACCAGAUGUCAAUUUUGUAGGGAAGAAGACCGAGGGCUUAAAAUAUCAAGUGUUUUAAUACUUUUUAGUGCCUGGACUCUACAACAGAGCUGAGAUUGUUCUAUAGAAAUAACUAGUAUCAAGGACUGGUGAUUACUUGACUUAAUUUCAAACUAAGCAUGAAGAUUAUCUCUUAGUUAAUAGACAAUAUUUGUAUGUUACUAAUGUAACUUAAAAUGAUGAUGGUCGUGCAGUCACUGAGAGUUUAUCAAUUUAUAAAGGGUAUUAGAUAUUUUUACGGUUGGAUCAAGAAGUGAGAAUUAUAUAGGUUGUUAAAGAUACUAUCAUUGAUGUAGUUGCCUAAUGGGGAGCCUUUUAUGGAGUUUUAGUUGGUGCUUUUGCCCUUUACUUCCUAAAAUAUAAUUAAAACCAAUUUUAUAAAAAGAAUAAAUAAUGGUAAUUAAUUUAUUUAGUCCUAGGGCUAAUUUUGACUCAAAUGAAGCUUUGUUUGAAAGCAAGCAAUUAAAUGAAACAGAAGGAAAAUCCCCCAUAGAUUGAGAAGACUCCAAAUCUGAUUUUUUUAUUUAUUAAAAUGAAC